UGCUAAGGACAGGUCUGGAGACCUUGCAAUGAAUUGAUCCAAGUUGAUGUUUCUUGCCAGGAGGGAAUGACCUCUGCCGUUCCAUUUAGGUAGCGUGGCAGCUGCUACUCAGGAACUGGCUAACCUACCUCAGACAGUCUGACCAGGUACUCCUAGACAGGGCCAGCAGCUUAGCGCGGCGGAAGGACUGGCCGCCCGCCGGACAGAGGGGAGGAUAGAGCUCGCCCCGCCCGGACAGCCGGGUGGCCUUGUCGCUCCUCUAGGCGGGGGACGAACAGGUGCGCGGGCGGGGGGCGGCGCUUGGGGAUCCUGCGCACUGCGCGCGCCCCUCCCCCGCAGCUUGGCGCAGCCCCGGCUAGGCGCUAGCAGCGGGAGGAGGAGCUGCGGCCGUGGCCACCGGGGUUAGUCCGCCGCACCGCGGGAAGCUGCCGACGGCGCGGGCUCUUGCUGGUCCCCGCGUGGAAAAGGCACGGGCGACCGCGGAGUCAUGGAGCCUAGUGACGCGGCGCGCCCGGGUCCCGGCAGAGCUGUUCCGGGGCUGUCGCCGCGGCUGCUGCUGCUGCCACUGUUGCCCAUGCUGCUGGGUCGGGGGCUGCGGGCUGGGGCCGCGGCCUCCUCCUCUGGGGCGGCGGCUGAGGACAGCAGCGCCAUGGAGGAGCUUGCCACUGAGAAGGAGGCGGAGGAGAGCCACCGGCAGGACAGCGUGAGCCUGCUCACCUUCAUCCUGCUGCUCACCCUCACCAUCCUCACCAUCUGGCUUUUCAAGCACCGCCGGGUGCGUUUCCUUCACGAGACCGGACUGGCCAUGAUCUAUGGGCUCAUUGUUGGAGUGAUCCUGAGGUAUGGCACCCCUGCUACCAGCGGUCGUGACAAGUCACUCAGCUGUACUCAGGAAGACAGAGCCUUUAGUACUUUAUUAGUGAAUGUCAGUGGGAAGUUCUUUGAAUACACUCUGAAAGGAGAAAUCAGCCCUGGCAAGAUCAACAAUGUGGAGCAGAAUGACAUGCUGCGGAAGGUAACAUUUGAUCCAGAGGUAUUUUUCAACAUUCUGCUGCCUCCAAUUAUUUUCCAUGCUGGAUACAGCUUAAAGAAGAGACACUUUUUCAGAAAUCUUGGGUCAAUUCUGGCCUAUGCCUUUUUGGGAACUGCAGUUUCCUGUUUCAUUAUUGGAAACCUUAUGUAUGGAGUGGUAAAACUCAUGAAGAUUGUGGGCCAGCUCUCUGAUAAAUUUUACUACACAGAUUGUCUCUUCUUUGGAGCAAUUAUUUCUGCCACUGACCCAGUGACUGUGCUAGCAAUCUUUAAUGAACUGCAUGCAGAUGUGGAUCUCUAUGCUCUUCUGUUCGGAGAGAGUGUCCUGAAUGAUGCAGUUGCCAUUGUACUAUCCUCGUCUAUUGUUGCUUACCAACCAGCAGGACUAAACACUCACGCGUUUGAUGCUGCUGCCUUUUUUAAAUCAGUUGGCAUUUUCCUAGGUAUAUUUAGUGGCUCUUUUACCAUGGGAGCUGUAACUGGUGUUGUUACUGCUCUAGUGACCAAGUUUACUAAGCUGCACUGCUUCCCCCUGCUGGAGACAGCACUUUUUUUCCUGAUGUCCUGGAGCACAUUUCUCCUGGCUGAAGCCUGUGGGUUUACAGGUGUUGUAGCUGUCCUUUUCUGUGGGAUUACACAAGCUCACUACACAUAUAACAACCUGUCAGUAGAGUCUCGAAGUCGAAGCAAGCAGCUUUUUGAGGUGUUACACUUCCUGGCUGAGAACUUCAUCUUCUCCUACAUGGGCCUGGCUCUGUUCACCUUCCAGAAGCACGUUUUCAGCCCCAUUUUCAUCAUCGGAGCUUUUGUUGCUAUCUUCCUGGGUAGGGCUGCACAUAUCUACCCACUCUCCUUCUUCCUCAACUUGGGCAGAAGGCAUAAGAUUGGCUGGAAUUUUCAACACAUGAUGAUGUUUUCAGGCCUGAGAGGAGCGAUGGCAUUUGCACUGGCCAUUCGUGACACAGCAUCCUAUUCCCGCCAGAUGAUGUUCACAACCACGCUGCUCAUUGUCUUCUUCACUGUGUGGGUCAUUGGUGGAGGCACGACACCCAUGUUGUCAUGGCUCAAUAUAAGAGUUGGUGUUGAUCCAGAUCAAGACCCGCCACCUAACAACGACAGCUUUCAAGUCUUACAAGGGGAUGGCCUGGAUUCUGUUGGAGGAAGCCGGACAAAGCAGGAAAGUGCAUGGAUAUUCAGGCUGUGGUAUAGUUUUGAUCAUAAUUACUUGAAGCCAAUUCUCACCCACAGUGGUCCCCCACUAACCACCACUCUCCCAGCCUGGUGUGGCUUGAUGGCUCGAUGUCUGACCAGUCCCCAGGUGUAUGAUAACCAAGAGCCACUGCGAGAAGAUGACUCUGAUUUCAUCCUGACGGAAGGUGACCUCACCUUGACCUAUGGAGAUAGCACUGUGACAGCAAAUGGCUCCUCAAGCUCCUACACAGCCUCCACGAGUCUUGAGUGUGGUCGGAGAACAAAAAGCAGCUCUGAGGAAGUGCUUGAGCGAGACCUGGGAAUGGGAGACCAGAAGGUUUCCAGCCGGGGAACUCCCCUUGUGUUUCCACUGCAGGAAAAUGCAUGACUUACCUAUAAAUCCUGAGGGAUCAGGGAGGCUCUCAUAAGGGUGAGGAUGGUCAAAUGCCCCAGUGUGUUUGAUAUGUUACAUUGACUGUGUUAAAACUAAUGCUUGCUUCAACGGGGCUUGAAACUCUCUUACCACUCAAAACUUAACCCAAGACUCAGAUGACGAAGCUGAAGUGUCUCUAAAUUAAAGACAAAUGUAGACCUAUUCCCACUUUUUCACAUAGUAGUACACUGUUUCAGAGUUAAACAAAACAAUAGCAUGCUUUAAUGGUCUCUCACUUCAUCCUCCUGUAGCAUCUGAGCAUGGUGGGUUGGAUAAGGGGCUUCAUCGCUACGCUAUAGUGCCAGUCUAGCUGGCCCAAGAAACAUCAAGUUGGGAGGACAUGUUAGACAAAUGACAGUGAAGAAAGAAAGUGGGAUCAGAAUUCCAGUGGUGCCAGAUGCUGGCGUUGCACCAGAUCAUCCUCCUGUCACAGUCUUGCCUAUUCUACUUGUGUUGCUCCUAGACUGAGGAUUAGGAAGUAUGUCCAUAGGCUGGGGCCUUAGCUCAGUGGGAGAGUACUAGAGUACUUGCUGUAGCUCACCAGACCCUGGGUUCUACCCCAGCACUGCAAAAAUUGUGUGUAUGUGCACAGGGGUUUUCCAAGAGCAUUUCAAUAUGGAGGUGGGCGGGGGUGGGGGGAGAAGUCUAGUUCCUUCUCUGGAAAUCUUUAUAAAAGAGUUACUGAAAUGUUUAAAACCAAAGGCAAAUCAUGUUCUGUUCUUCUGUUUUCAUUAAAUGAGGACUGGAGGUACUAGGAAACUGCUGAUGAUAUCAUGGCAAUACUUAUUUGACUUUUGAGGCUACCAUGUGAGCCCACUGUCUAGAAGGUAUCAGAUAUGAACUGAGAUGUGUCCACCACAGGGUUUAAGGUAACAUAGAUAUUGCUGUUUUCUGGGGGAAGAUUAGGUAGCAAGAAACAGAAGAGACCGUAGACUAUAGUUUGAGGAAAGAGAUUUUAAUGUGAAAAAUAACCUGUAAAGAAAAGAAAAGAUGGAAGUCUUUAUUUUUAUUUUACAUAAAUUUUACUUUAAAACAUCCAAAAGAGAUAAUUCCAAAAUCACACUACAUAGAAUAUGGAACUUGCUUUGUUAUAAAUUAUGAAAAUAUGUAUGUUCAAGUAAACACUGAGUUUCCAAUGCCAACUAUUUCUAUGACAAAAACUUCAAUACUUAUAAUUACUUCCCCAUUGUUACUAUUUUCAACACCUAGAAGAUGAAAAUCAUUCUGGUGCUUUGUUUCAACCUGAACUUUUGUUACUAAAAAUACAUAUCCAGAGCUUUUUAAAUGAGUUAGUAUUUCUGCUUUCAGAAUAGACAGGAAAGUCCAAAAACAAAACAAGAAAACAAACAAACAAAAAAACCCAAAUCUGACUUUUUAAAACUAUUAGGUAACGGGCAUUUUGACCACAUUUUCUUUUGUGAAAUUUGAUAAAUCCAAGAAUCGAAGAUGAGUCAUCUCUUUGUGUGUGAGUUGGUGUUGGUCAAGGAGCAUCCACUGCAGCAACCUUCCUGUGGACCAGGUCUUGUUGCUAUGCUCCAGUUCUGAGUUUGAACCUUUUCUUCCAGCCUGACUUUUCUUUCUUCAGGAAUUAUGUUUGAUAUAUUCAGCUAUGUUCUGAUAGAUUAUGUCUGCCUAAAGUGUGAAGUAGAAGCAGGAUGAGGUUUAAUCAGAUUUACCCUGUGAAUGGGAGAACUUCUGGACAUACUAUGGGGAUUCCUUUGCUGUGGACAAUGAAUUGCCCUAAGAUUCUCCAAAUCAGAGCUUCUCAAGAAAGUGUUACAAAGUUUCACAUCAUCUGAGUUCUAGUGGUCAAAAACAGUACUAUUUUUAAAAUGUUGCUUUAACCAACUGGCUUUUUCUUCAUAGAAUGCCUUUUUCUUCAAUCCCAGAUGAAACCCAACAUCUGUAAAACUUAUUUGCCUAAAAGUUCUUUUCAUGGUGGUGAAGUUGUAGCAGUGUCACAAGCAGUAGUGAGCAGCUGCUGGAAAUGCUGCUCUUCUGAUCAAUUCUUUACAUUGUUGAAUCUCUAACUCCAGCUUCCCAAGUUUCUUGGAUGUUCAGUCUUGUCAUGAAAAUACAGUUUCAUCAUUCAAAUCUUCUCAUCAUACACUGUGUGACUUGGUUAUCAAGUUUUCUAUGAAAAUUCAAUAUUUUCUACCAUUUUCUUGUGCUUUUAAAUUGCGCUCUCAAGAUUUUAUGGGAAAGGCCCCACAUGAUCAGUCUGGCCAUCUCCCUAGUAUGGUCUUCUGUCAGGUAAUUCCCUGUAUCAUCUGCUGUUUCUCUGUGUUUCCUUUUAAGGGGGAGAAAUUCAACAUUCUCCAUUAGAAUUUGUUGCUGAUGAUAUUCAUAAUCAUUCAGAUGAAUAGUUUCCUUUUUGUACCUCACUUUUGUUUUGCCCAUUCUCUGGGAGCCUAUGUUUACAUCCAUUCUCCUCGAAGAAUUCAUAAUGACUGUGAUUGAUUUUCAUUCUUCUCAUUCAUAAUAAGUUGAGAGAACAGGCCUUUAUAUAGACGUGCCCUUGUUCUCUGUAUGGGUGUGCUAAAUAGCUUAGCCUGCAACAUGUACUUUGUAAAUUCUGUACAUCAUCUUUCUACAUUUUCAGUAGAUUCUUGUUCCUUCAUUAUAAGCCUCCCUCCCCUGAAGUCUAGCACUUCCCUCCUGGAGGAUUCUAGUUGUUCCCUGAGUUGCUUAGCAGGUCUGCAGAUGACCCACAGCACCUCCCAGCUUCAGAUUCAGCGUUUUCACAUUUUCUUAAGGUACAAGGUUUCUCCUGUGAGGGACGAGCAGCUCACCCAGAGUUUAAAACAGAAACUAUACUUUAUUCUUUCUUUGUCCUUUAACUCUUGGAUUCUCCAUGUAAUUAAUGAAAAUGUAGUCAACUCUUGAUCAAGAUAUGGAAGGGUCAAUAUUCUCUUUUUUGUAUACUAAGUGAGAAAGGCCUUUGCCAUUGAGAAUAAGCUUGUUUAAGACAUCUUUAUUUCCUAGGUAUACUGAGAGAUACUUUUGCCUUCUGCCAUCAGACCUGGAACCAUCACAUUCAUCCAGUCUCCAUCAUUGGGAUAUCUGAUAAGCCCAUUAUAGCAAUGAAACUCUUAGAACAGUUGCUGUGAUAAAACAUCUCCAUCAAGGUCCCAGAGCUGCAGAGUCAAUACCACCUUCUGCAGUCCUAUUAGCAGUACAGGCACCAAAGCGACAUACUGGAGCUGCCUGUUUCUCUAGCAUUGGUGAGGCCAGUUGUGUUUUGUAGAAGUCUUAAGACCUGAAAAGAAUGUCAGACAUUGAACUGAUGCAUAUAUGCAAUCUUAGUUGCUGCAUGAGGAAAAGGGAACAAAGUAAUGGAACAUAACCUGGUAGAAAAAUUCUGUUUUCUAUAAGUUUAGGAACUUGUGUGUUUUAAUGCUGAGUGCCAUGUAAAGAGAGGUCAUUUUUUUGGUAGAGAGGCUACUGCACCAGUUUAAUAUGGACAUGGUUUGAAAUGUAGCAUUUUGGUUUAAAUUCUUUCUGGAUGAGCUAUCAUACAUUGCCUAUGUUAAAGUAGGUAAAGUAAUGAAAGAAAUAUUGGAAAGAGUUUUUUCCCAUGUCUUACAGUGCUAGCAGUUUUGGUUGUCUAGUUUCUAAAAGAUGCUUUUGUAACAUGGUGUAUUUUUCUUGUUGUGUACAGGAAAGAAUAAUGCCCCACAAGCACUAGGACAUCACUAGUGACAUUUAACCCUCUUAGCAGCCUAGUCUUAGCAUAAUCCUGUUGUGUUUCUCUUAAAGGGUCUUAUAAUCUUCAUUACUUUGACACAGUAAAAUAUGAAAGUAUUGGUAAUUGCCAAGACAACAAGAAAACUAGGAUUUUGAUUAUUUGAGUCUUUGUUCAGUGAAUGAAAGUGAAUUAUUUUGAUACAUGGUCCUGAUCUUUGCUUACAAAAUCUAGAGACUCACCCUGACUUCCCAGGAGUCACCCACAAAAAUGAAGCUACUUGUAGAAUACAAUAAAGUGUUGUUCCCAGAUUGCAUGAAGAAAAGUGGGAUGCCACCAAGCCCAUAAAUUGCCUACUUCAAAGCCAGCUGCCUGUUGCCAGAUUGGAAUUGCUGAGCAAUGGUCACAUUUGUCUGAGAAGUCAUCCAAGUCAUCCUUCACACAUGUUCAUUCUGACUUGAGGGAGAUGACAGUUAAUGGAAUGCAGAAGGAUUGAGAGCCUUUUAGAUAAAGUUUGUAAGGAAUCCUGUUCGAAAGGAUGCUUAGUUGAAGGAAUGACCUACUAAGUUAAGUGAUUGUUUAUUUUGUAAUAGUUAGUGACAAAAACACCCCAAACUGAUUACUAAUGCAGACUAAGUCACUGUAGAACUUUUGUGAUCAUUUGUCAGAAUUGAAGGUUGUCUUCUAUAUGAAAAUAGACUUGAAGGAGAAAAGGAGGGUGAGUAUUCACAUAGAGGACUUUCAAACUUUUCAUCUUCAUUUUAACUUGUGGGUAGGAAAGGGAGGAUUUGUCUUUGACUAAUCAAGCUGCUGCAUAUUCAGACACAAAGAUGCUGGGAAGCUGUCAUUUCAGUUCAAUAUGGAAUGAAAUUAGUAGUCCGUUUUUGUGGGCAAACUUUGUUCUUUUAGUUCCCAUGUCUUAUUCUGCAGAAUAAGAGUGGUCCCAUUUACUGCUAGCACCAUAGGGAGGGAUAACUAUCAUCACAUACCAGAAAUGAUAUAGCUCUAACAGAAAGAAUGUAAAGACCCACUCAUUCCCUUUCAUAAUCCUGUGGGAACUACUCGGAAUCCUAAGCUUUCCUAGAGAAGGAAAUCCCACACUUAAAGGAAGCUGUGUGUUUCUUCUGUGCAACACCAUAGACUGGGCAUAUCAACUCCAAUCAUCCAGUAUUUCCUAGGAUGACCAUGUUGCCCUGGAGCCAAACAAACCACACUAUGAUAUCAAGUGUCUUAUUAAGCAAACAGCAAGGAGCACCCUGGGUUGGACCCCCUAGACCUCCAAAUGCCUUGUGUUUCCAUAGACAAAUAAGAUCUCUUUUGAGAAAAAAAAAGUUAUCUCAGCUGUAAGUGAGCUACUCCAUCCAGGGCAAAGAUCUGCCUCAUAUUUGUUCUGGCAUAGAUUAUCUUCUGCCUUGUCUCCAGUGGGAGUGAAUGUAAUCAUGUCAUAUAUUUAAUGUGAACCACUGGUUCUCAGGUACAGAGACACCACUGAGAUCAGAAGACAAUUGUGUAACCUGCCUUAUUCUCAGUAUAAGUUCUAAGAGAAUAAAAGUAGCUAAGAGCUGACAGCAUCAUCUAUCUAAAAUGUCAUUUGCAGGGAGGGCUGCUAAGGUGGCACCUUGCUAAACUGAUAGUUAUAUUGGGUGUCUUAGUCAGGGUUUCUAUUAGUGCACAAACAUCAUGACCAAGGAGCAAGUUGGGGGGGAAAGGGUUUAUUCAGCUUACACUUCCACAUUGCUAUUUCAUCACCAAAGAAAGUCAGGACUGGAACUUAAGCAGGUCAGGAAGCAGGAGCUGAUGCAGAGGCCAUGGAGGGAUGUUUCUUACUGGAGGGAUGAUGCUUCCCCUGACUUGCCCAGCUUGCUUUCUUAUAUAACCCAAGAUUACCAGUCCAGGGACUGCACCACACACAAUGGGCUGGGUCCUCCCACCUUGGCCACUAGUUGAGAAAAUGUCUUACAGCUGGGUCUCAUGAAGGCAUUUCCACAACUGCGGCUCCUUUUUCUGUGAUAACUCCAGCUUGUGUCAAUUGACACGGAAAAACUAGCCAGUACACUGGGGCACAUGGGUUUGACAGUCUCACACCUGCCUUUUGAUGUUGACUCGAUUGGGGUGGGGCAGUCUGUCUCAUGCGUGCUGAAUGGGAGCUCUUUUGUUGUUUUUAAGUGAGACUGGCUUGCUAGCAUCAGCUGCUGUCUUCUGAUGUAGUAAGUUGAAUCUAGUAGCCAAGAGUUUACUUUAGAAACAAUAUAUCGGAAUGCUGCCUUUAUCUCUUUGAUACCUAAAAUGACACCCCCCCCCAUUAAAACCUGGUUUGAAUAAUCCAUAGAGGAGUAUCAUAGGAAUGAGUGUGCUUAUGUCAAACCAUAAAACCAUUUUUUGACAAUACUUUCAAAACAGGACCUAAAAACAACAUUUUUCCACUUUCAGUUUUCAUAAACAUUUAUUGAAGUAGAAGAUACACCUUAUCACCAAUUGUUGACAAAUUAUGAAGAGUAAAAUCAAAAAUUUUUUAGUGUUCAUUUUAUUUUCCUAAGCAGGGUAUGCUAUAUGUAUGCUAUAACUGUGGCCCAUUAGGAACAUAUGAGCAGCCAUGUUUUGUCCACCCAAGCAUUGGGUAACAUUACAAGGAGGGUCUGUCGGCUGUGCUGCUUUUUGAGAAGGCCUGAAGUAGAAAUGAGAGUACACAGCAUAGGGCAUCUUCGUCUCAUGUCACCAUUAGAAGGACACAAGAGAAUAUCCCAGUCCCAGUCCACCUUCAACUCUUGGCCAGUGGAAAUUUGUCUAGGCCUGUGUGUGCUAAAACAAAACAAACAAACAAACAAAAAAAAAAAACCCUGAAACUGAAAAGGAAGCAGAGACUUGCUUGAAGCCCUGAAGGUUGUUUUUGAAAGCACUUUCAGAAACCAACUGUCCUUGUGUUCAUGGAUAACUGCAUGGGUGUCUUGGGGAUGAUUUUGAUGACUCCACUUGCAGGCCUUAGAGGAACAGAGGAUGCUUUUCCAUUUUGUGGAUAGUCAAUCUGUGGAUGUAUACGUUAAAUAAAAGCAUUCGCUUAAAGUGUAACUUCACAGCAGGUCCGUUGCCUCCUAGGUUUUCUUUUCUUUUUAGCCUAAAUCCACCUAAUCCUCCUUUUUGGGCAUGUUUUACUGUGCUCACUAAAAUAAUUAAAUGAGCAGACCAUAAAGAUUAAUUGACUAUCUGGAAAGAAAAUUCCUAAAGUAGAAUAGGGAGAAUUUAACAUUGCAAUGAUGGGACAUUCUGGGGAACUUUUUAUAAAGAGCUGACAUAGUGUAUUUGGGGAGAAUUUUAUAGAAGAUAACAAAGUGUGUUUUAACUGUGAAAAUUAAAGAUGUGGAAUUAUCUGCAACCUUUCUGUGCAAUAGGGAAAACUGCAGUAGGAGCCUUGCUGUGCUCUCUGCCCCUCAACGAUUACUUGCACCUUCCUAGAGCUGUUUAGAUUGCUAUUGUAAAGCUAGCCUCAUGUUUCCUGUCUUUUACUGAUACUUAACGUGUUUUCUCUAAGCUUCUUUUUUUAUAAAAUUCAAAAUAAAAAGAUUAACUGGCUGA